UCACACCCAACACACACACACAUUAACACACACCCUUCCCUCCCUUUUUAGGGUUUCUCUCUUCUUUCAAAUUCUUCAAUUUCGUUCUCAAUUUCAUGUUUUCCAAGCUUCAAAUCUGAACCUAUUUGUCGUUUCCGUUACCAACUCUUCGCCGCUCAGGAAUUUUUAGGAGUUUGUGCCGCCAUUGCAGUCAAUCAGAGCUUUUAACUUCAGAAAAUGGCAGGCCAAAGUUUCAUGGAGGAGAUCGACUGUGCAAGCUUCUUUGAUCACAUUGACGAUUUGAUCGAAUUCCCUCCAGUCAACGAUACGAUUCCCGUUGACUGCAAUGAGUUUUCCAACAUUUGGGCCAACAAUUCCGACGACUUGCAGGUUUCCGACCCGAUUUUCUGUGGUGGAAAUAGUGAUAAUGCAUCCGAUCUGUCGGCAGAGCUCCAUGUUCCGUAUGAGGAUAUUGUCCAACUGGAAUGGCUUUCAAACUUUGUGGAAGACUCGUUUUCGGGCGAUGGAUUGACCAUCAAGAAAGAGGAUGUUCCGGUUGAAAAAGACGUGUUGGUUGGACCCCACCAAUUCCAGACGGCUAGUCCCGUGUCGGUCCUUGAGAGCAGUAGCAGCAGCUCGAGCUCCACCUCGUACUCUGGUAGUGGAACCAUUGGUAGCAAGAUGAUCCCACUCAGCCCGAUUCAACGUGGGCCGCAACGGGCCCGAACCAAACGUCCUCGGCCCACAACUUUCAACCCACGUGACAUGGUUGACCUCUUAUCUCCUCUGGUUCUCGUGCCUGUCUCGGGUUGUUCGGAAACCGAAAAGAAUUUCACGUCUUGUCACGGGCCGAAUUCGGUUUCGCGUGACCCUGAUCAGAAGAAGAAAAAGAAGAUUAAAAAGCCGAAGAUCCAAGAGGAAAAUGAGAACCAGAACGAGAACCAAAACCCGCCCGGACAAGGAGUUAGGAAGUGUUUGCAUUGUGAAAUCACUAAGACCCCCCAAUGGCGGGCCGGCCCAAUGGGCCCAAAGACCCUUUGCAAUGCAUGUGGUGUUCGUUACAAGUCCGGGCGGUUGUUCCCCGAGUACCGUCCAGCAGCCAGCCCAACUUUUGUUCCUACACUGCACUCCAACUCCCACAAGAAAGUAGUUGAGAUGAGAACCAAGUUCGGGCCGAACGACAAAAUGGUACCCGUGAAGAGUGAGACCGAACCGGAGUUGAUCCCAAACAUUAACCCGCAAGCGGAUUAAGUUCAAAGAGGAAAGGGGUGUUUGGUAUCGAGUUUUAGUAUGAUUUGCUUUGUUGGUUGUAUAGGUUUGAAGGGAGAGGAGGGAUGUUAUAGAACUGAGGUUAUAUUUAGAUGGUAAGAUUAAAAAGGAUAGAUGGGGGUCAUUUUAAUAUUUGUUUGUUAUGUUGGUUGGUUGGUUGAUGGGAAUUCUUUUUGCAGUCUUUAGUCUUGAGAUGAGAGGUUUAAGCACUUUCUUUUGAUAGUUUUGUUUUUGCUAUUCUUUUGAAUUUUGAACCAAAAGUUUUCUUGUUUU